GGAUCAGUUUGAAAUUUCUAAGCGAUCUGAUUGGCUAAGAAUAAACGAACGGGAAAUUUAACACAGCCAUGUUCGUGUUCUUCGAUUUCCUUGCUCCGCGAUCUGUUUGAACUGCGAGUUUCCUGAAGUUUUGGCUCAAAUCCCGUCGGAUCUAUCCUUACGUGGAUCUAAACGAGAACAUGUAACUUUGGGAGAGUCAUGCCAACGGCUGGUGAGGCGAGACUGAAGUCAAAAUCAAUCAAGAAGACAUCUGGUGACGGAACUUCUUGCAAAGGAAAAGCGACUAGGAAUAAGGCCAGUGCAAGCAAGAUCAGGGAAGUUAAAAAGAGGACUCUAUCACAUCCAAACUCAGCAAAGAGUUCUAUACCAGUGCCUGUGAAAAAAGAAGCUAAAGGAAAAGAAAAUGCAGACCCAAAUAUUAAUGUACACCCUGGUACUAAAAUCAACAAAAAGGCUAGCAAGGUUAAGCAAGCUCCAGACUUCAGAAAACUUCAUAGAAAAUGGGAUGAUCAACUUUCUAAUGCAUGA